AUGCCACGAUCAGGCUAUGACACCUCAGGCUUCGCCCCCACCUCAACCACCUCAACCGCUCAAACACCAACUCCACGAUCACGGUCACGGUCACAGCUACGGCUACCGCAACAGCAACAGCAGCAACAGCAACCCCAACAGCAACCCCAACAACCACUGCCUCCAAAUUUACGUCCCCAGUCGCCACCACAUCAGCAACACCAGCAGCAACAGCAGCACCACCAGCAGCAGCAGGAGGAGUACCCGAGACAGCCAUCCCUCCACGCCCAGCUGAUGCAAGGGCAGCAGCAGCAGCAGCAGCAACAGCAGUACCAACAACAGCAGCAGCAACAGGAGUACCAACCGCAGUACCAACCGCUGCAGCCCCACCAUCAACAACCGCUACAAUAUCUAUACCAGCACCAGCAGCCAUCAUGCCAGCAACCACGCCAGCCACACCCCUUUAGAACUCGGCCUAUGCAUUAUUGUGGUAUCACCGACCCAACCCCGAGUUCAAUCUCAAGCCCAGGCUCAAUAACAAGUCCAGGCUCGAUCACAAGACCUGGUAUGCUCACGAGCACGAGUGUUAGUGAUAGUUCUCAGGAUGGGUAUGAGACUGAGAGUUUGUAUAGCACCGGGGACGAGGACGAGACUCCUAACGGGUACGGGAACAACAACGGGUAUGGGAAUACUAACGGGUACGGGAAUAACAACGGGUACGGGAACAACAACGGGAUGCGAUUCGAAGGGUGGCGGUAG